AUGAAUACGACCUUGAGAUACCUUUUAGCCGUUUUCGGUGUUGUAAUCACCGUUCACUAUGUCCUAUCUUUCACGCACACCGACUACAGACGAGCCACUUCGUUAAACUCCCUCACUUCACACUUCAAAGGAGUUACACCAGCAGAUAUCACGCCUAUACCUGACCGAUAUUACCCACCUUUCUCGAACGAGAGUUUGACCGUUGAUCACCGGGCAAACGCCACGUUUGUAAUAUUGGCAAGAAAUUCCGAUAUCGAUGGAACUGUGCGGAGCAUUCGAGAAAUAGAGGACAGAUUCAACAGACGGUUCAGAUAUCCUUAUGUGUUCCUUAAUGAGGAAUCAUUUUCGGACGAUUUCAAAAAGCGCGUCUCGGUGCUAUCAGCCGCCAAAAUGGAAUUUGGAACCAUACCCAGAGAUCAUUGGUAUCAACCAAGCUCCAUUGACGAGAAGAAGGCAGAUGCUGGGAGAAAUCGGAUGGUUGAGCAAGGUAUCAUUUACGGCGGAAGCUUAAGUUACAGGAACAUGUGUCGUUUCAACAGUGGAUUCUUCUUUCGGCAUCCGUUGAUGGAAAAGUAUAGAUGGUACUGGCGGAUAGAGCCGGACGUUCAUUUCCACUGUGAUAUCCGAUUCGAUCCUUUUGCCUACAUGGAGGAAAACAAUAAAGUUUACGCAUUCACUAUCGCGAUGUACGAGUUCGAGAAAACUAUACCAAGUCUUUGGAGUCAUGUCAAAGACUUCAUCAAGCUACAUCCAGAAUACCUGGCCAAAGACAAUGCGAUGAGAUUCCUGUCCGAUACCGGCGGCGAUACGUACAAUCUUUGCCAUUUCUGGUCUAAUUUUGAGAUUGCGGAUAUGUCGUUCUGGCGUGGCGAGGCCUACACCAAAUUCUUUGAAUAUUUGGACGAUAAAGGCGGUUUCUAUUACGAACGAUGGGGGGAUGCCCCUGUACAUUCGAUAGCUGCUGCGUUAUUUGCGCCCGCAAGCCAGAUACAAUUUUUUGACCAGAUAGGGUAUGAACACAAUCCCUACACGCAUUGUCCACGAAAUGAGGAUACGUGGAAGGAGGAGAAAUGUACUUGUGAUCCCAAGCGAAAUUUUGACUAUGAUGGUUAUUCGUGUAUGAGUAAGUGGGAUCAAGUAUGA